AAUGAAUCAACUGAAAAAACAUAUCUCUGUUAAAUGCAUCAAUUUUAACACUUAAUCUACUAAUACACGUACUAGAAGUAUUUCAAACCAAGUAUCCAAGAAUUCAACAGAUAGGUCUAGAUCUGUGAGCAAACAAUGCCCAGCUAUUAAGUAGUACAAUUAGAGUAACUUAAUUAGAUUACCUGUGCCAGUAAAGAAUUCUGAAACUACAUCAAUGUCAAAUACAAAAUAAGUAUCUAAAUUAGGAAAGAUAAAAAUUGAUCUAGGAAAUAAUGCAACAUCACGCAGUCAAUAGACUACUUAAAAAUCUAGAUCCAAUAGUUAAAUAAGUAAAGAAGAAUCAUUUCCAAAAAUGCUUCCAGAUUUUGGGAGAAUGGAAACUGAAUUACUUGAUUGUUAGGAAUUGGUUCUUUAAUUACCAGAUAUACACUUUCCUACAAAUGAGGAUAUAAUGAAAGAGAGAAUUAUAUUAGCAAAUAGAAUUGCUUAUACAAUUAAGACUAAGAAAAGAAUCCCUCCUUCAACUCCUGAUUUUUAUAAGGUACCGAAUCUCUAACCUUAGUAAGGUAGCUCUGCUAUGUGAUAGGCAAAGGAGCGUUUGCUAAAGUGUGUUUAGGAAUUCAAAUUUUGACAGGUGCCAAAGUAGCCAUGAAAAUAAUUGAAAAAUCAACUUUAAAGAGUGAAAGUGCUAAAAAAAGAUUAUUAUUAGUAAAUAAUGCGAUUAUUAUUAGGAAAUUACAAUUAUGAAAAUUUUAUCUUAAUAUAAAUAGUUUGCAUAAUUAUAUGAAGUAUUUGAAACUAAAAAAUAAAUAUACAUAAUAAUGGAAUAUGUAGAAGGAGGUGAUUUGAUGAAAUGGACUAAAGAAAAACCUAUUCCAGAAAUUUAAGCCAAAAAUAUAUUUGCUUAAUUGAUAUUAGCACUUUAAACUCUUUAAAGUCAUAAUAUCUUACAUAGAGAUAUCAAAUUAGAUAAUAUCUUACUUUAAGGAGAUUAAAUAAAGAUUUGUGACUUUGGGGUUAGUAGAUAGAUAAUAAAAGGAUAAAAAAUAUUAGAAUAAUGUGGAACUCCUGCUUAUUUAGCACCUGAGAUAAUUUUCAGUAAAGUUGGAUAUGAAGGAUUUGCAAGUGAUAUUUGGAGUACUGGAGUUUUACUUUAUAUAUUAUUAGUCGGUAAAGUACCUUUUAAAGGUAAUAAUAUGAAUGAAUUAAAUCAUAAUAUUUAAAAUGGAUAAUUAAAUUUUAUAGAGAUGAAGAAAUAAAAUUUAUCAAAUGAUUCUGUUGGUAAAUAAUAUAAUCUAAUAGUUAGAUUUAAUUAAAUCGAUGUUGAAUGUUAAUCCAAAACUAAGAAUAACUUUAAUUGAAAUUAUGAAUCAUUAAUGGCUUAAAGAGAUAAAUAUAAAAUAAUAAAAAUAAUAGUCAAACAAUACAAAUUUAGAUUUAAGAGUUAUUUCAUAAAUAGAAUAAUUUGGUUAUCAAAGGGAAUUUAUAAUAAAAAGUUUACAAAAGUAAACAUUAUGUCAUAUUAAUGCCAUAUAUUCAAUAUUAACGAGUGUAUAAAAAUGA